AUGAAGAUUCUGCAGUCUAUACUUCUCCUGUUACUGUUUGUGCCUCUGACAAAGCCAGCACAAUCAACUCAGAAGAACACUGAUAACUUUGAAGAAAUUUUAUUUACUCGAGAUUAUGAGGAUCAAUACCUGGAUGGAAAAAAUAUUAAGAAAAAAGAAUCUAUGAUGACAUCUGAUGAGAAAAGUCUUCAAUUACAACAAGAUGAGAGUUCAACAUCAUUACCCCUCAAAAAAGAAAAUGAUGAAAUGCCCACGUGCCUGCUGUGUGUGUGUUUACUUGGCUCUGUAUACUGUGAAGAAGUUGACAUUGUAACUGUACCACCCUUGCCAAAGGAAUCAGCCUAUCUUUAUGCACGAUUCAACAAAAUUAAAAAGCUGACUGCCAAAGAUUUUGCAGAAAUACCUAAUUUAAGAAGACUCGAUUUUACGGGAAAUUUGAUUGAAGAUAUAGAAGACACUACUUUUUCAAAACUUUCUCUGUUAGAAGAACUGACACUAGCUGAAAAUCAACUAUUGAAACUUCCAGUUCUUCCUCCCAAGCUUACUUUAUUUAAUGCAAAAUACAACAAAAUCAAGAGUAAAGGAAUCAAAGCAAAUACAUUCAAAAAAUUGAGUAACCUGUCCUUCCUCUAUUUGGACCACAAUGCGCUGGAAUCCGUGCCUCUUAAUUUACCAGAAAGCCUUCGUGUAAUUCAUCUUCAGUUCAACAACAUAACUUCAAUUACAGAUGAUACAUUCUGCAAGGCCAAUGACACCCAUUAUAUUCGGAACCGCAUUGAAGAGAUACGCUUGGAGGGAAAUCCCAUCGCCCUGGGAAAGCAUCCCAACAGUUUUACCUGCUUAAAAAUAUUACCUAUAGGCCCAUACUUUUAA